GAAUAUCGCCAGUGCAAAUUGCUGUGGUUGCAUCAUGGCGGACAAAAUGAAGGAGUUUGCUGGGCGAAUGGGCAAUGCACCUCGUGGUGUUUCGCUUGGAUUUAAACUGCUAGCAGGAGCUGCUGCUUUAGGUUAUGCUGUGAAGGAGUCCCUUUACACUGUGGAAGGUGGUCAACGGGCAAUUAUUUUCAGUCGUAUUGGUGGUAUUCAGAAUGACAUUUAUUCAGAAGGACUUCAUUUCAGGAUACCCUGGUUUCAAUAUCCAAUCAUAUAUGACAUAAGAUCAAGACCAAGAAGGAUUACAUCACUGACUGGAAGCAAAGAUUUGCAGAUGGUCAAUAUCGGAUUGCGAGUGCUAGCGAGACCUGUCUCAAGCCAUCUACCAAAGAUGUAUCAAAAACUCGGAUUGGAUUACGAUGAGCGUGUUCUCCCCUCAAUCAUGAAUGAGGUUUUGAAAAGUGUUGUUGCACAGUUUAAUGCAUCACAACUUAUCACUAUGCGACAAGAGGUCAGCUUAUUGAUCAGGAAAGAGCUCACAGAACGAGCCAAGGAUUUCAAUAUUAUCUUGGAUGAUGUUUCCAUUACUGAUUUGAGUUUUGGCAAAGAAUAUGCAGCUGCUGUUGAGGCAAAACAAGUUGCUCAACAGGAGGCGCAGAGGGCUGCAUUUUUAGUUGAGAGAGCUGCACAAGAACGACAACAAAAAAUUGUUCAAGCUGAAGGAGAGGCAAAGGCUGCAAAACUUCUUGGAGAUGCUUUACAGGACAAUCCAGGAUAUUUGAAAUUAAGGAAAAUAACAGCAGCUAGAAAAAUUUCCAAUGUUGUUGCUAAUUCCAGGAACAAAAUAUAUUUGAAUGCCAAUAACCUCUUGCUGAAUCUUAGCGAUGAUGCCUCAGAUAAAAACUUAUUGGUUGACAACUAGCAUAGUCGUACAAAUGAGAAGAUAUUGUAAUUGGAUAACAGUGAAAAGUUUUUUGUUUCAAUAAACAAUGA